AUGACUGAUUCCAAGUACUUCACCACUACGAAGAAAGGAGAGAUAUUCGAGUUGAAAUCGGAACUAAACUCUGACAAAAAAGAGAAAAAGAAGGAGGCCGUUAAAAAGGUUAUAGCAUCCAUGACAGUUGGAAAAGAUGUCUCAGCGUUGUUCCCCGAUGUCGUGAAUUGCAUGCAGACAGAUAACUUAGAACUGAAAAAACUGGUGUACUUAUACUUAAUGAAUUAUGCAAAGUCACAGCCAGACAUGGCUAUCAUGGCGGUCAAUACUUUUGUCAAGGACUGUGAGGAUUCAAAUCCAUUGAUUCGGGCUUUGGCUGUACGGACUAUGGGAUGCAUUCGAGUGGACAAGAUUACAGAAUAUCUAUGCGAGCCAUUAAGAAAGUGCCUGAAAGAUGAAGAUCCUUAUGUCCGGAAGACUGCAGCCGUGUGCGUCGCAAAGCUAUAUGAUAUCUCUUCAAGCAUGGUUGAAGAUCAGGGCUUCUUAGAUCAACUAAAAGAUCUGUUGAGCGAUUCGAAUCCUAUGGUAGUAGCAAACGCUGUGGCAGCCUUAUCAGAAAUCAACGAAGCUAGCGUUUCUGGACGGCCCCUUGUUGAAAUGAAUGCCCCAACGAUCAACAAGCUGUUGACUGCGUUGAACGAAUGUACUGAAUGGGGUCAGGUGUUCAUCCUGGAUGCGUUGUCCAACUACUCGCCGCGUGACGCCCGCGAGGCGCACUCCAUCUGCGAGAGGAUCACGCCCCGCCUGGCGCACGCCAACGCCGCCGUCGUGCUCUCCGCUGUCAAGGUGCUGAUGAAGCUGAUGGAGAUGGUGUCCGCGGACACGGAGCUGGUGAGCACGCUGUCCCGCAAGCUGGCGCCGCCGCUGGUGACGCUGCUGAGCGCGGAGCCCGAGGUGCAGUACGUGGCGCUGCGGAACAUCAACCUCGUCGUGCAGAAGCGACCAGACAUACUCAAACACGAGAUGAAGGUGUUCUUUGUGAAGUACAAUGACCCGAUCUACGUGAAACUGGAGAAACUGGACAUAAUGAUCCGACUAGCUUCCCAAGCCAACAUAGCCCAGGUGCUCGGGGAACUGAAGGAGUAUGCCACCGAAGUCGACGUGGACUUCGUCCGGAAGGCCGUCAGGGCUAUAGGCAGAUGCGCUAUCAAGGUAGAGCCGUCGGCGGAGCGUUGCGUCUCAACAUUACUAGAGCUGAUCCAGACCAAAGUGAACUACGUCGUGCAAGAGGCUAUUGUGGUGAUCAAAGACAUAUUCAGAAAGUACCCGAACAAGUAUGAGAGCAUCAUCAGUACGCUGUGUGAAAAUCUUGACACUUUAGACGAGCCUGAGGCUAGGGCUUCCAUGGUAUGGAUUGUGGGCGAAUACGCGGAACGUAUCGACAAUGCAGACGAACUUCUAGAUUCGUUCCUCGAAGGGUUCCACGAUGAAAACGCACAGGUACAACUGCAACUCCUCACGGCCGUUGUGAAACUGUUCCUGAAACGUCCAGCCGACACGCAAGAGCUAGUGCAGCACGUGCUUAGUCUGGCAACACAGGAUUCGGACAAUCCCGACUUGAGAGACCGCGGCUUCAUCUACUGGCGUCUACUGUCGACGGACCCGGCCGCGGCCAAGGAAGUGGUCCUGGCAGACAAGCCUCUCAUAUCGGAGGAGACUGAUCUUCUGGAACCCACGCUGCUGGACGAACUCAUCUGCCACAUCAGCUCGCUGGCUUCAGUCUAUCACAAGCCACCGACGGCAUUCGUUGAAGGCCGCGGCGCCGGAGUCCGCAAGUCCCUGCCGUCCCGAGGUGUUGUCGCCGAGGAAACGAGCACACAACAACCCACAGUCAUCCCGAAUCAGGAGUCGUUGAUCGGCGAUCUAUUGUCUAUGGACAUCGGAGGUCCCCCCCCGGCCCCGGCGCCCUCUUCCAACGUCGACCUCCUCGCCGGCGGACUUGAUGUUCUCUUAGGCGGCGGGCCGGAGCCGGGCGCGUCCGCCGCGGCGGUCCCCGGCGGCGCCUCGGGCCUGCUCGGCGACAUCUUCGCCGUCUCCGCCGCGCCCGCCUCCUACGUGCCGCCCAAACAGUGCUGGCUGCCCGCCGACAAAGGAAAAGGUUUGGAGAUUUGGGGCACAUUCAGCCGUCAGAACGGUCAGCCUCGGAUGGAGAUGACAUUCACUAACAAGGCGAUGCAGCCGAUGACAGGUUUCGCCAUACAACUCAAUAAGAACAGUUUCGGCGUGUAUCCUGUGGGCGGGCUGGCGGUGGGCGCGGUGGGGGCGGGCGCGGGCGCGGAGGCCGCGCUGCCGCUCGCCACGCACGGGCCCGUGCAACGCAUGGACCCGCUCAACAACCUACAGGUCGCGAUAAAGAACAAUAUAGAUGUUUUCUACUUCGCCUGCCUGAUCCCCGCUCACAUAUUAUUCACGGAAGACGGACAGCUAGACAAACGUGUGUUCCUCACGACUUGGAAGGAAAUACCCGCAGCGAACGAAGUACAACACACGCUAUCGAACGUUGUGGGAACAGCCGAUUCUAUCGCUCAGAAAAUGACCCUAAACAAUAUCUUUACUAUCGCUAAACGUAAUGUUGAAGGCCAGGAUAUGUUAUAUCAGUCAUUGAAGUUAACUAACAACAUCUGGGUGUUGCUAGAGUUGAAACUUCAGCCCGGCAACCCCGAAGCGACGCUCAGCUUGAAGUCCCGAACUGUAGAGGUCGCCACGUGUAUAUUCCAAGCCUACGAAGCUAUUAUCAAAUCGUAAUCUCAAAUUUGAAUUGUGUAUGUAUAUUUUGCAAUUAAAGUAUUCCAGUAGUUAAGUAUGUUUCGCGACCUUUUUUUUUUAUCAGUUAUUACUGUUUAACAGCAUUUAUUAUGUAGUCCGAUUUAUAAAAAUAUUUGUAACGUAACUAUACAAUAAAAUUAGAACUUUUAAUUUGACUGAAUUACAUCGCAAAAUAUUAAUUAAAUAAAAUUAUAUUAGAAACGUUAUAUUGUAUAGCCAAUCAUCGUAUCUUGUUUAUAAGUUAUGUAAAAUUUAUUAAUUACUUAAUAAAUGUUAUGAACAAAA